CCUUUCCUCUUUCCUUUCUUUAUAAAUUUUUUUCUGGUGGAAGCGAAACUUUGCUGGCGAUUUAAGAUUGCUGAGAAGACACGUCGUCUCUUGUGAGAUCUUUCUCUUUAAUCUUUUCUUUCUUUCUUCUGGUAAAUUCUGGAGAGAUAUUGCUUCUUUUUUUUUCUUAACCUCCGAAGACGAAGAAGAUUUCAUGGCGCAAGUGAUUAGCAAAUCGAGUUUGUUCAUCGGAGCUUGUGGGAAUCAUCACCGUGUUGAUGAUGAUUUCUCUGUUUCUCCUGUUAGUUUUGGUGGUUUUGGUUUGAAGAAGAGUUUCUCUUGUCUUCUUAAGGUUAAUAACAAUCUUAAAAGUGAAUUCCUUGGGAAACAGAUCGUUCUCGGAGGAGAUGCUCAACCCCCGAGCUUCAAUAAGAGCUUCCGUUCAUCUUCCAUCACUGCUCAGACAACUUUGAGGAUUGGGACAGCGCAGAAGUGGUGGGAGAAAGGUCUGAAAGAAAACAUGAGAGAGAUCUCUUCAGCUCAAGAGCUCGUUGACUCUCUCACCAACGCUGGUGACAAGCUUGUUGUUGUUGAUUUCUUCUCCCCUGGAUGUGGCGGCUGUAAGGCUCUUCAUCCUAAGAUAUGCCAGUUUGCAGAGAUGAACCCUGAUGUCCAGUUUCUUCAGGUGAAUUACGAGGAGCACAAGUCCAUGUGUUACAGCCUUGGUGUCCAUGUCCUCCCGUUUUUCCGAUUCUACCGAGGCUCUCAGGGUCGUGUUUGCAGCUUUAGCUGUACCAAUGCCACGAUCAAGAAAUUCAGAGAUGCAUUGGCAAAGCAUGGCCCAGAUAGGUGCAGCCUUGGACCAACCAAAGGUCUUGAAGAGAAAGAGCUUGUGGCACUUGCUGCCAACAAAGAACUCAACUUCAAUUACACACCAAAGCCUGUACCAGUUGAGAAAGAAGCUGCCACUCCUAAUUCAAACCCAAGUCUCCCUGUUCCUCUUCGGGCCAUGAACAACAACGAUGGAAAAACAUUGGUCUCCGCAGGGAGAUGAGAGCGGAUACACGUUUCCAUGUACAGUUUGCUGUGGUAGUAGUAGUAGUAGUAGCUGGAUAUAUUGCAGUACUUAAAAAAAGGAUGUCAGUUCUUGGAGCAGCCAGCCGGUUUAGUGGGGUUUAGUUUUUUUUGGGGUCCCCUGAGCAAAAUCGGUUAUUGGCAUCUGGAUUAUCUAGAGCAAGACCAGUUCCGAUGGUUACUCGAGUUUUGCUCAGUUCUUAUGGGAUUGAGAGUGGGAAAGUCGUGUGUGCUCGGCGGCAUGGAAGCUUUCUCCUUCAAUCAGCUUCUGUAGAGUUUUGGUUUCUUUGUUUGUUUUUUUAUUUGCCUUAAAGGCCUUUAAUGUAAAUAAAAUAUCCAAUGAGGAUUAUCAUACAAUGCCAUGAAGCACUCUAUGAAUUGGUAUUUUAUAUUGUUUAGUAUAUAUUAAGGUUUAUCUAUUGCUUACUC